AUGCCUGGUGUUGUCAACAUGGAGAAUGGAGGGCAGAAUGGAACACAUUCGAACCACGAUAGGAAUCUGAAAAUGAACGGCAUCAACGGUACAACGAUGGACGGCCAGCCCUCACCGAACAAGGGCAAAGCGCCCGUCGAGGCCUCUAACAAUUUGGCGAACGGGGUGCCAGCCGACCCAGGCAAGCAGCAAUCGCAGAUGAACACCGGUCUAACUUUGCAGCCGAAAUCGAGAAUGAACGACCUUCCCGAAGAGAUUGUGCACAUCACUCAGGGGUACAUACCGCUGUCCAUGAUUGUUUCCCGACUCGCGCAACGAACCCACGAAGACCUGCAGAAAGUUAUUAUGGAGAUGGCGGCCGUGAAAUGGGCACCGCCGGCGGUCAACGGAAACACACCCCACGGCAACGAAGCACCGGACGACAUGUCGGAAGGAAACAAACGAAAGAAGAUGUUGAUGCUCAAGUUUGCGCAAGAUGCGCACGCUAAAUGGGUCAAGGCCCUCGUCAUCACGGACUGGAGCAGGAACGCAGAGGCUGUCAGCAAGCUCAUUGAUAUCAAGGCGCAUAUCGAUUCCAAGAGGAUGCUGUACGACUAUGCACAAGACCUGCUCAUCGAUCUCAAGAGAGGUCUCAACGGCGCGAGACUACCGAACCCUGAUUUGAAGACCGCUUUGCAAGUCCUCACCACCGGCGAGGCAUCGUGGGUCCCAGAGCCUGGUUACAUACCCCCGCCGCCACUCACACCGGAGGAGCAGUUGAAGUGGAUUGAUGAUCUGAACACCAUGCUUUCCUUACGCCUAAAUCUGGAUGACUAUGACAAGAUUCCGCAUCAGUUCAAGACCUACAGCAUACACUCCGGCAGAGUGACUUUCAAGGUUAAAGGCGAAUUUGAGGUAGAUUUGACCAUUGCCGAUGAGGACUUCACCAAGCAAUUCUGGUUCAUCGACUUUCGGUUUGUAUUCUCUCCGUCUGCGAAAAAGCUGUCUGAUGGGCUGGUAUCAUUCCUGGAAGGCCAAGUCAACGAAAUUCUUGGCAAGGACGGUUUGGAAGGCUGCUACAGGUUCCUGCACGAAUUCGUCCUCACGCACAAGAUCAAUGAACUCAAGCGACAGGCACUCGAAUUGAGUCGAAGCACGUGGACGGGAACCUUGAUGGUGGAACCCCUGAACCGAGCUUUGGCCCUGCAGUACUGGACCACAAGAUACGGACCAAACGGGCCCAAGAGCUGGGUCAUGGUCGCCGUCAACAGUGCGAAGAAAACGAACGGUCAAUUAGACUCGAAACAGUCCAGUCGAUUAGUUGCGCGUUGGUACCGGGACAACAAAGAGGUCAAAGACGUCCUAUUACCGUUUGAUGUCGACACACUCUGCGCAGAGGAUCUGCUCAAGACGGCGGUCGCCAGGCACGUCGAACACAUUCUCUCAUCGAUUCACUCCAAGUUGCUGUCAUACCCUCGUUUCGCGAACCGGGAAUCGUCGAUGACAUUGAAGGUCUCCAAGAGGGAGCCGGUGGAAUCGUUCUUGAGCAUGCAACUGAGCCCACGAGAAAACGUUACCGUGGUCGUAGAACCAGUAACUGGCUUCGCGGCAAUUCAACCUCACACCAAAUACACACUCAGUGGUGAGACACGGCUUAACUACGGCCAAAAGGAUCCAGCAGAAGAUGGUGUGGUCUGUCUCGAAAGCAUCAGGUGGGGCUACGUUAUGGAAGAGUUCAACCGCCGGGGGCGAAGCGUGGGAUGGAAGACCUGCAAGAGUCCACUCUCAAACGAAGAUAUCAAGCAACUUAUUCGGACCAGAGAGGCAUUCCAGACAGUUUUCUUGCAGCGUCAAAGUUUGGAUGAGGACUGGCACGUCAUGGCCUCUUUGAGCCUUGCUGGUGAUGAGUGGUGGUUGAUACAAAUCGACCGCAACACGCCAGCGCGCCCUAUCAAGUUUUCUUGUCGACUGCGACUAAACCAUGGACAACCCGACUUGGACGACUCAUUCUGGAGCAACCUGACCACCUUCGUUACUGGCACGAUUAGCCAUGUCACCGAUUUGCAAAACUUGCAUACUAAUAGGAUCAAGUAUGUGAUGAGGGAGUCGACUAACUAUUCUUUGCCUCAACAAGUCCGUAUGCCAUCAAUUCUUCUCAAGCUGUCACAAAUUCUACGCCACAGCCAUCUCGGCGGGCAUUCUGGCGCCAACGAUGCAUCGGACGAAUCAGACAAAUACGCUCCAUCAUGGGCCCAGAACCAUGUCGAGAUCAAGUUCAAGGGGCUUCAACCUCAGGUUCCUGCGGCCCUCGGGAAAGAUGACAACGGUGCCUCACCGGUGGAUGUGAUUGACAACUGCAAGAUCAACACCGUAGUGGACGCGAUAAUCAGGGUGAAGGACAGGUCCAAGUUCACGCUGCUUAAGGGGCGGAUUGAUCGGGACGUGUCUUUCAGCCCUCGAAAGGGCGAAUUUAUCUUCCGCAUUCGACAGACGGUUGGCCACCCUAUCCUCGACAUUCUUACAAGCCACGUCAAAUCCAUAGACCGGCUCGUUGGCUUCCUAGAAGCCAUUAGCAAGGCAAGAGGUUCUCUUAAAUGCGAGAGAAUGAGUCUUCGCCAAGUCAUCUUCACAUACGGCGAUGUCGCAAUGCCAGGAGAGAGCGAUGCAACAGCAAAGCCUCGCCGUUGGCGGGCAACUCUUGACCUAGCCCGGAGCGACAUCCGGAUGUCUUUAGAAAGGGGCAAUCCGCAUUUGCGAAUGCUGGACUUGUUCACAACGAUGGUCAACACCCAGGCUGGGCUUAAGGCCCUCAUUAUCUACAUGCCGUUAAUGUUACCGGUGCUGAAAACGGUUGAGAGCAUCGAGUCCAAGUGGGAGGCUCUCGAAUCUACGAAUCAAGGGCGCGUCGAGGUGUUCCCAAGAGCCGUUGACUGGGUUGCCAUCCGCUACACACUGACACGCCCUUCAGGGCAGUCGCGGGUGCUCUCCGUUGACGUAAGGAGCAAGAUAAGACGCCAUGAGUCGUGGUUCCACGUCCAGCGGGUGACGGGAGGCGAGUCUUUCGGUCCCGACGAGGAGUUUAACAAAAUUCUCAAGGGCAUCUGGGAGUCCCAUGGUGAUGGCUGGAGGGGACUCACCACCGCGGCGGCAUCCAGGCCUGGGCCGAGCAUCAUGGAUCUGCUUACAAAACUCGACGACGCAGUCCGCACCCACGCCGCGACGGGCGGCAAUGGGCCACCAUCAUCGGACGGCGCCGCGACGCAAUUCAGCCAGACCUUUUCGGCAAACCAAUCUUUCGGCACGCAGCCUACCAGCGUCAGUCAGGGGAGCAACAGGACCUCAGGUAGUAAGCAAGCGCCGUUGGUACUCGACUAA